UCCCUCUGCGCAUGCUCGGUGCGCUGUAACUGCUUCCGGGUUGGACUCCACUUCCGGCUGGGCGGCCGGCGCCGGCCUGGCGCUGCUCCCGGUGCUCGCGCCAUGUCCACGCUGUUCCCCUCACUCCUGCCCCGCCUCACCGAGUCGCUCUGGUUUAACCUCGACCGGCCGUGCGUUGACGAGACCGAGCUGCAGCAGCAGGAGCAGCAGCACCAGGCCUGGCUCCAGAGCAUCGCUGAGAAGGACAACAACUUGGUGCCCAUAGGAAAGCCAGCGUCCGAGCACUAUGAUGAGGAGGAGGAAGAGGAUGACGAGGAUGAUGAAGACAGCGAAGAGGACUCAGAAGAUGAUGAGGACAUGCAGGAUAUGGACGAGAUGAAUGAUUAUAAUGAGUCUCCUGAUGAUGGGGAGAUCAAUGAGGUGGACAUGGAGGGGACAGAGCAGGAUCAGGACCAGUGGAUGAUCUGAUUCUGCCACAACCACACCAAACCGGAGUCUGGGGGAGAGACUUUGCCCCCACAUCUCUAGGGGACAGUUCAGUGAAGCUCCUCUUCCCAUGGGUGCUGUGUGGGGAAGGGGGUUCAGAGGGAAGCCCCCCAGGGGAGCCAGAGGGGAGACUGCACCUAACACAUUGGAGCUGACGCAUCUUUUCUAAUAAACUGUUUUCGAGAAAACAA